AUGCUCGAGCUCGACGGCGUCACGGGCAAGAUCCUGGCCAACGACCUGAUGAAAAAGAUUCCAAUAUCGCUAAUGACGACCAUGCCGGCCUUACUCGUGCUGCAUCUCGAAGCAGCGCUGGACCCAUCCGAAUCGGACCUUGUCCGCUCCAUGUCUCGCAUAUCCAUCAGCCAGACCAUGCUGGCGCUGAAUCAGCUACGGGAGAUACCGGCGAUUAAAAAGGCAAUUCCGCUAUUCGAGCUGAUACUGUUGCGGAAGAAGCUCGACGGCGACGGCGAUGCAGUUGUGCAUAUGCCGAAGGUAGCCGCACUGUGCGAGUCGCAAGGGAAGGCGGCCGGCGUGGUGCAGCGGCCGCAGCUCGAUGCGGAGACGGACGAUGCGCUAGGAGAGUCUUUUGAUAGUUUUGUGCAAGAAUUCUUGGAGUAUGACACGCUGGGUGAAUGGGGCUUCGCACAGGUGGACUUUUCGCGGCUCGUCUAG